UUUUCCAAUAAAAGAGAAAAACAAGACAUUCUAUCCUUGAAUUCCCAUCAUUUUACCGCGUUCAUACAUAUUUGUACAUGGUUUGUUGGACCCCCGCAUUUAUACGAGUGCCUAAAGAAUCUGUAAUGCCUAAAGAAUUUUGCUUUGUAGAGCCCUUCUUUCUCUCUCUACUUAACCCUUCACACACCCUUCACUCUCUCUCUCUCCUCUUCCUUCUACUGCCAUCUCAGUGCUCAGACUUUCUCGAUUCUCAAAUUUGGCGAUCGACCUCUCAUUUAUUCUGGCUACAUAGGAUCCUUUGAAUUUUGAGAUUUAUAAUGAGGAAGGGUUUGAAGAGAAACAGCUGCAAGUCAGCAUCACACCAGCUCUUUAAGGAUAAAGCAAAGAAUCGAGUCGAUGAUCUUCAGAUGAUAUUUUCAGAUCUGCAGUCAGCAAGGAAGGAUAGCCGCACGCUUGAUGCUACAGUUCUUGAAGAGCAGGUCUAUCUAAUGUUACGUGAAUGGAAAUCUGAACUUAAUGAGCCUUCACCUGCGUCGUCUGUACAAAACGAUAGUCUUGGUACAUUCUCUUCGGACAUCUAUCGGCUGUUGCACCUUUGUGAUGAAGAAGAUGAUGCUACAAGUCCAUUUGAGCUUCCUCUACCAAAGUCUGAACCUGAUGUUCAAAAGUUUCAAGCUGGAGAUGCUAUAGGCUUCCAGGAGGGCCCUGAAGUCAAGCCUGGAUCACUGGAGCAGAAUUUCUCACCAGUUGAUCAAUGCAAAGGAUCUCCUGGAUUGCGCAGUUUGACAACGACUAAUAUGGAAAUGGCCAACCAGCUGGAUUACAAUCAAUUUAAUCUGCAUGUGGACCUUGAGCAUCAUUAUCUUAGUGGAUAUAAUGGCGUUGAUGUAAGUGCUCUGUACGCACAUCCAAUUUCAGGAUUUCUGCCAAAUGUAUGCCCACCACCUGCUGCUUUUUUGGGUCCAAAAUGUGCACUAUGGGAUUGUCCUAGGCCUGCCCAAGGAUCAGACUGGUGGUUAGAUUACUGCAGUAGCUUCCAUGCUAUUCUUGCAUUGAAUGAGGGCCCUCCUGGAAUGACUCCGGUCUUACGUCCAGGAGGCAUUGGCCUGAAGGAUGGCUUGCUUUUUGCUGCUUUGAGUGCGAAAGCACAAGGAAAAGAUGUUGGCAUUCCGGAAUGUGAGGGGGCAGCAACUGCAAAGUCACCUUGGAACGCUCCUGAACUUUUUGAUCUCUCAGUUCUUGAGGGGGAGACUAUUAGGGAGUGGCUCUUCUUUGACAAACCUCGAAGAGCAUUUGAGAGUGGAAACAGAAAGCAGAGAUCAUUACCAGAUUACAGUGGCCGAGGGUGGCAUGAGUCGAGAAAGCAAGUUAUGGAUGAGUUCAGUGGGCUGAAAAGAUCUUAUUAUAUGGAUCCUCAACCACUGAACAACUAUGAAUGGCAUCUCUAUGAGUACGAGAUCAACAAGUGUGAUGUGUGUGCACUGUAUAGAUUGGAACUCAAGUUGGUGGAUCGUAAGAAAACUCCUAGAGGGAAAACAGCAAAUGAUACUGUUUCUGAGCUCCAAAAGCAGAUGGGUAGACUUUCUGCAGAGUUUCCGCUUGAUAACAGGCGUCCACUUAAAGGAAGGGCUAAGUUAAACAGCAAAGAUGGUGUUGGAAAUCUCCGCUCUGAUCCCAAUCAAUUGAUCAGUGGAGAUAAGUCAUUUGAUCAUGGAGUUGGCCCGCCAUAUGGCUAUCUUGUGGAGAAUAUAGGUGAUUACUACCUGAAAUAGUGAGAGAGAGCAACAAUCUCAGACAUGUCUAGUUGGCGGGUUAGUUCAUCUACUGACAGUUCCAUAUUAGGUUUUGAUCAUCUCCAAUAACAUUGGUGAGAUCCUCAUUUUUUAAAUCUGAGGUUCUUGUAUAUAAUUUAUCGUGGUUUUUAGCUUAAACAAAGACAAUGGCUUCUGUCAUUGUUGGAGUAUAUCUGACAAGUGAAGAGGGGUUACAAACAGCUUAAAAAUCGCUUCUAUUUACUUCUAUAGUGAAGGGGUAUCACAUUUGGUAGGGUGGCUGUACAUUCUAAUGCUGGUUUCUACAUGAUUUGGAGACUGCUCGUCGGAUGCUUUUAAUGUCCUACAUAAAUUAUGUAAUAGCUUCUGUUGCACUUCAUUUUCUGCUAUGAGAUGAGAUACAUGUCAACUCUCAAUCGUUGUCAUCAUCUCCCACAUUUAUGUAAACAACUUAUCAUGUCAUGUAUGACAAGUAAUCCUUGAUAUUUUGCUGUAACUUCAGAUAUUUGAAGAUGCCAAUUACAUUCCUUAAUUAGUGACAGGAAAUAAUUGGAUACUUAUAUCUGGAUACUUGAUUUGUUGUUUUAGUGAAAUUGACUCUUAAAAUGA